AUCUAAAUAAUAUUGUGCUCUUAUUCAACAGAGGUUGCUGAGGAGGCUGGCUUGCAGGGGAGAGUAAAGGUUUCCAAGAAAGAGAGCUGAGUUUAGACUCUCUGACGCAAAGCUGUAUCAGGAGGAGCUUUUUAACUUUGAUCAUUAGUCAUUCCCAUCAAAGCCAAAAGGGAGAGGAACUUCUGCAACCUGUUCAUCUACAUCCAUCCAAUCAGGAACCUAAAACAAAAUCAUUGAUUAUAGUGGAUAUUUUCUAAACUUAGAUCAGGUUACUCAACAGCAGCGACGGGAUUAAAGCAACCCUCUCUGUUAGGAUCUGACGUUUUCUUGAAUAUGAUGGGUGGAGUGUGUCUGUGCUGCUCAUGGACCUGCAGACCUCUGUGGCCACUUUUUAUCUUUCUGGCUGCUGCUCCUUGUUUCUUGCACUGCUCAGAGACUCCUGCUGCAGUUGUUGGGAAGAUGUAUCCACGAGGAAAUCACUGGGCAGUAGGCCAUUUGAUGGGAAAGAAGAGCACCGAGAACCUGCAGAAGCCAAACGCUGACAGUGACUACCUCACAGAUCCACAGUCCGUCCGGACCUUUGAGCUGGACCAGCCUGAAGGACCUGCAGAGGCUCUGCAACCCAGGGACCAAAACCAGAAAACGCUGCAAAGACUCCUCCACAGCAGCUGGAAAAGAGCAGGUGACAGGGCGGAACAUCUCCAAGAGAUGUCAGACCUGCUUCAUCUGGCUUUGAAACUGCAAGACAUCCAGUCCUCCUGAGGGAAAGACAAAUCUGUUCACUUUAAACAGCCACAGCUGUUUUAGUCUGCUUCAUACCCACAUGUUCACUGUGUAAACUUUACGCUGUCUGAAAACAAUACAAAGAUUUAAAAAACAAGUUCAGUUUUCAGUAUUUUAAUAUUAC